GUUCUAUAUAGUGCGCAACCCAAGACGCUUUCGCGUUAACUAUGUGGCAGUUUUACAAGCUAGGUAACCAUUCGGGUGAUGUCAUUGCCUAAGACGCGGCGAAGCUGUGAUGUGUUAGUAUAGUUGAAUAUGUAUCAGCGAGAUUUACUAUUAGUCUUUGGGUACUCAGGGUCUGCUUCCACGGAGCUCCCGUUGCUCAGCGACUUGCCUGCGCGCACAUGCACAUUCCCAGCAUCAAGGUCUCAAACUCAUCGUCCUUGUCGUUGGGCGCUUCCAGCCCAGUCAUGCUCGUGGGGAACUGCCACAGUCUUUUGCACGGAGCACGCACGCCUACUGACUCUGCAACCCGAGUUCGCCGAGCAUCCCGCAUCGCAGCUGCCGAAACGUUCCCACCCACUAAGAGACUACCAGCAGCAGCCACAGUUACAGUCACAGCUAGGGAACGGGAACGUAGCGCGGUCGCCACAGCAUAGGGUCCCAGCUGCCGCUGCGGGUGCUGCCAGGUCAUCGGCAUCAGUCGGUUGGAACCACAGCUUACUGUGUCGAGGAGAUGAUGAUGCAAACCAACAUGACGGCAGCGGCAGCAACAGCUGCUGCUGGUUGAGCGGCGAUGGCAGCGGCGCUGGGUGCCAUUGUAGCGACGAUGAUAAGACACAGGCGCCACUACGGCAGUGGUUGCGGGUACGGCUGCCGGUGCCUGGAUUGCGGAUUGUGCAAGUGGCCGCGGGCCAGCAGCACUCCCUGGCCUUAGACCAGGCAGGCAGUGUGUGGGCCUGGGGGGCCAACCACAACGGUCAGUGCGGCAUAGGGCCCCAUGCUGACGUCACCAGGCAAAGCUGUAAGACAGCCGCCCGAGCUGCGGCAGCUGCUGAGACGGUGCAGCUUCUUCCUGCAGCCGUAGCUGUCACGGGUGCAGGCGCGCUGGAGCAGGAGGGUGAGGUGGAACGGAGCUCAGCAGCAGCAGGUGCAGCUCCCAUGGCAUGCGACGACUGCAGUGGCAAUGGCGCAGGCGGCAGCGCUAGCUGUGGUGCAGCCGUUAACAACAUGUGCAGUAGCAGUAGCAGUACCAGCAGUAGCAGCUGGUGUGCUGUACCUCUUUGCGUGUUGGGGCCGGGUUGCGCUUCCGGCGGCAAGGCAACCUCCGAUGGGUUGUUGUUAGCUCCAGGAAGGGAAGGAGGCGGGCCGGAGCAGGCCAGUGUAAGGCGGGGGGUUCCGGAGCUGCUUCCUGUACGGCAGGUCUGCUGCGGCGCCCGCCACAGCCUGGCGCUGGACGCCGGCGGUGGCGUGUGGGCCUGGGGCUGGAACGGAUACGGGCAGUGCGGCCGGCCCCCUCCCGGACUGGCGGCAGGAGGGGCCGAGCAGGGAGCUGCUGAGGCUGGCCAGGUGGCUGCGUGGGGCUGGAACGACUGCGGGCAGUGCGGCAGCCUCCUGGGAGCAGCAGG